ACGCCGCCGGCGCAGCCCGCCGCCGUUCCGCCGCAGCUGCAGCACAAGCUGCGCGAGCUCGAGUUCUUCCAGACGCGCGCCGCGCUGCUCGAGGACAAGCUGGCCGAGCUGGAGCGCUGCUCGGACCCGGAGCUGCGCGGCUGCGCGCGCCUGCUGGAGCGGGUGGCGGCGCUCGAGCGGCAGGCGCGAGAGGCGCGCGAGGCGGCCGACCUGCUCGUGCGGCGCAACCGCGACCUGGAGGAGGAGCGCUGCGAGCUGGAGGAGGCCGAGAACGACACGCGCCUGCGCUGCCAGCACCUCGAGGUGGAGGUGGUGCAGCUGCGCGAGCGGGAAGGAGCACUGGAGGUGGAGCUGGGCCGCGCGCGCCGCAGCCUCAGCGCCGCGCACCAGCUGCAGGGCCGCCUCGAGAUGGCCCUGCAGUCGCUCGAGACGCGCAAUUUCGAGCUCGAGGAGGCCGAGUGCGAGCUCAGGGCCUCCAUCGCGGCCGUCGAGUCGGCCCUGCCCGCCAUCGUCGCCUUCCACCUGGCCCACUAUAAGAGCUACCUGCAGAAGCGCAACCAGAGAACAGAGAUUCCACUGCCGGUCCCUAUGCGCACCAUGCGCAGCACGGCUGUCUCUACCGAGGACGACGACGACCACAUGGACGACUCGACGGACGCCGUCGUGGACUCGUCAGUGGACACGGUGGACGGCGGGGAACCGACGCCGAGGAGGAACGAGAGUGAGGUUCUGGAGCGCCUCGCCCAGCUGGUGGCCGCCGAAAAGGACAUGCAUCAGAAGAUCGCCUUCCUGGAGCAGAAGGAGUCGGCCUUCCAGGAGACCCUGGCCGCGGCCGACGGGCUGUGGACCGAGAUGGAGCUCAACUACAAGCGCCGUCUCAGCAGGGCCGAGGAGGCUGAAGAGGAGCUCCGGAGAAAGGUGCGGCGCCUGGAGGACUCGGAGGGCAAGCUGCGCCAGGCGGUGGCCGACCAGACGGCGCUGUCGGACCGCGUGCACGAGCUGGAGGCGCAGGAGCGCGCCCUGCUGACCCGCAUCCGAGGGCUGGAGCUCGAGAAGCAGGCCGUCGCCGAGGAGGCCGACCGCUUCCACGAGGACGCCAGGACGGCGAGGACGGCGCUGUGCGAGCUGCAGGCGCGCGUCGACGGCCCGCUGGCCGAGGAGCUGGCGGCCGAGCGGCGCCGCGCCCAGGAGCUCGCCGAGGAGCUGCGCAGCAAGCAGGACGCCCUGAGCGCCCUGGAGCACCGCACCAACACGGAGAUCUCGGCACUCAAGACGCAGAUCGCGACGGGCGAGAGGUCGCUGCAGGACCAGGAGGUGACGUGCGCCGAGCUGCGCGAGGAGGUGGACACCCUGGAGGAGGCGGUGAGCUCGCUGCGCAGCCAGCUGACGGUGGCCUACGACAAGGCCGAGCACCACCUCUUCCAGAUGGAGUCGGCGCUGGCGGCGCGCGACCGCCUGGCCGAGCAGGUGCGCCUGGCCAGGCUGGAGCGCACGCCGCCGCCGGCCCUGGAGGACGAGAUGGCGGCCGCCGAGCGCGCGGAGCAGCGCCAGCCCGAGGAGGACGACGACGCCCCCGCCGGCCCCGAGGCCACGGCCGAGGCGGCGGCGGUCGCUCCGGAGGCCGCCGUGGCCGACGCGACGCCUGCGCCGCCGGCCGUGUCCCUGUUCCGCAAGAGCCUCCAGGCGUUCCGGAACUCGGAGAUGAUGAUGCUGAAGGCGACCAAGCCGCCCACCCUGCCAAAACCCGUGCCAAAGAAAGAGACUGUGCAUCAGGAGGCGUGCGCCGAGCUCAACAGCAAGCCGUUCGCGAGCUUGCCCGCCAUGCCGUCCCCGGGGCCGCUCGCGCCGGCCGGCGCCAAGAGGACGCCGCCGCCGCUGCCCCCCAAGACGGCCGUGUCUGCGAAGUGGCCCCGCGCCGACAGCAGCGCGGCGCGGUGACGGCGGCGUGACGUCACUACUGGCAGACACUUUAGGAGACUCGAACGUGUGAGGGGUGGUUUAGAAAAUCGUGUCGAUUCGAGCCAUGUAAAUAAGUUUAGUGUUGUUGACUUUGAAAUACCUGCUAAUUUUGUUGUUUUUUCCCUCUAAUAAAGAGAAGUUACUGUUGUCAUAGCCAAAAAGUGUGGGUUUCUUCUAAUAAUUCUAAUUCUAAGUUGUCUGUAACAUCAAUCCGCUCUCUGAAUGCAGUUAAUCGAAAAUAAUCGUAUGUGAUUGUUUCAUGAAAUUGAAUAGUUGGCUCAUGAGGCAGACUGUGACAUAGAGUAUCAUGAUCUGCUCAGAAUACUUCUGUGAGAGAAAAUGUGAUUAAAGAAAGUUCGUCUUUUCUGGA